AUGGCAACUUCAUCCAAGAUCCAACUCCCGCCACCAGCCCAGUUGGACGCACAGGUGUUUCUACCAGGCAUAACGCAGGAGUCGGCGGACAAGACGAGCGAGUUGCUACAGGAGAACCACGAGAAACACCACAUCUUCUUCAACCAGUCUGGCUUCCACAACCACAUAGUCCACCACCUCCUCACCCUCCACGCCCUGCGCGCCUCACCCCACUCCCUCCAAACCGCCUACACCAACAACGCCUCCUACCAGCGCCCCGUCCUCCCUACCUCCACCUCCACCCUCCCCUCCCUCCACGAUCCCGCGACCUUCUCCUCCCACCUCGGCUCGGAGCGCCACUACGCCACCUUCCUCGCCUUCUUCCAGCGCGAGAUCGCCGCCCGCGGGUGGCAGUCCGUCCUCAAUUCCUACGUCUUCCAAGACGACGACCCGCGCGCAGACGACAUGCUGGUCCGGAUGUUCGCAGGCUUCCUGCACCCGAUCAUCCACCUGGGCUUCGGCGUCGAGUUCGCGCAGCCGGCCGUCAUCGCCGAGGCGCUGGCGCAGGCCGCGGUCCACGAGGUGUGGUUGAAACCCUUCUUCCUCGAGGCGGAGGCGCGCGCUGCCGUGAAGCAGGCCGAGGGGGAGGGGGAAAGGGUGCCAAUUGUGAGGCUGUUGGGCGAGAUACGAGCGGAUGAGAAACUGAGGGGUGCCGCGCGGUUCGACGACGCGAAUAAAGUGCGCGACGGGAUCCUCGCGCGGGCGCCGGAGGCGAUGCUGUCCCUCGCGUCGCGGUACCAUAUCCCCCCCACCACCACCCAAGAAGAACUGGAGGAACGGAACGCGGAGAUGGUGAAUGCGGCGGCGUACUUCACGACUGCGGCGCUCCGGAGGGAUAAAGUGGCCAAGUUUGACUUCUUCUUCAUGCAUUGCGUCAAUUUGUCGACGUUUUUUGCGGUGUUUUUACGUCAGGAGUGGCUUUCGAUGAGGGCGAAGAGGAGGUUGUUGGAGUGGAAGGUUAGGCUCGACCUCGCGUUGUAUGCGUCGCGUGGCGCGCCGGAGCUGCUUGCUGUUGAGGAGGUGAGGAGGCUUGCGGGGGAGGGAGGGGGGAGUUCGUGGGAGGAUGUGUGUGCGCGGAUCGUGGAGUUUGCGGACGAUGGGCAUGCGAGUAAGUUUGUGAGGGCGUUGAUGGGCGGGGAGGGGGUUUGUCGGAAGUUUGCCACGGAGGGUGCGGAGGGGGAGAAAGGGAACGAGGAGAUGUUUCCGAUUAGGGGCGAUAUGUGGAGGGUGCUGGGGAAUAUGGUGGUUGAUAGUGUGGAGGCGAGCGGGCCAACGUGGGUGAGGAGUUGUGGGUUUGAGGAGGCGUGGAGGGAUGUGCCUGAUAGGGAGGAGGGGGGAUCGAAGCUAUGA